AUGGAGACAGAUUCGGGACCGUGUUCCCCUCUCUCCAUAGCUGACAUGCUUACAUCGUCGGAGGAUGAAGAUGAUGAUGAAGAGUCUUCCUCAGAGGAAAAUAAACUGUACAACAACCAGAAACUCCAACCGAUGGCUCCUCAUUGGGUGACUCCAGACAAGAUGGAAAAGAGGCUCCAUGCCGUUCCUGCCAGUAAGACUGUUAAAUUCCGUUGCCAGGCGACUGGUAAUCCCACUCCAACUUUGCGGUGGUACAGGAAUGGAAAAGAGUUCAGGAGAGACCAGCGGAUUGGAGGCUUCAAGCUCAGAGACCACAUGUGGACUAUAAUAAUGGAGUCUGUGGUUCCGUCUGAUAAAGGCAACUACACAUGUCUGGUGGAGAACAAGCAUGGCAGCCUCACACACACCUACCAGCUGGACGUAGUGGAACGUUCCCCUCACAGGCCCAUCCUCCAGGCAGGCCUGCCAGCUAAUCGUACGGCAGUGGUGGGUAGUGACGUGGAGUUUGUCUGUCGAGUGUUCAGUGACCCUCAGCCCCACAUCCAGUGGCUCAAACGCAUCACCAUUAACGGCAGCAGAGUGGGGACAGACGGAUUACCCUACGUACGUGUACUGAAGACUGCAGGGUUUAACACCACAGAUAGGGAGAUGGAGGUGUUUACUCUGAGGAACGUGUCUGUGGAGGAUGAGGGAGAGUACACCUGUCUGGCAGGAAACUCUAUUGGAAUGUCUCACCACUCUGCCUGGCUCAGCGUGAUCAAAGACGUGCCCCCCUCCCCCGUCCCGUCUCAGGCCUACCUGCAGAUUUUCAUCUACUGUGUCGGCUUCUUCAUCAUCAUGCUCCUAAUCGCCAUAGCGACCGCCUGCCGAUUACGCUGCUCCCCGAAGAAGAGCGACUUCAGUAGCCAGCUGGCUGUUCAUAAACUGGCGAAGAGCAUUCCCCUACGCAGACAGGUGUCAGUAGACUCCUCCUCCUCUCUGCAGUCUGGGGUGUGUCUGGUCAGACCCUACCGCCUCUCCAGUGGAGCCACGCCCAACCUGGCCGGCGUGUCAGAAUAUGAGCUGCCUGCGGACCCGCUCUGGGAGCUGUCACGGGACAGGCUGUCUCUGGGGAAGCCACUGGGUGAAGGUUGUUUUGGUCAGGUGGUGCUAGCAGAGGCUGCAGGUCUGGACAGAGAAAAACCCUCCCGUCUCACCAUGGUCGCAGUGAAGAUGCUUAAAGCGGACGCCACAGAGAAGGACCUGAGUGAUCUGAUCUCUGAGAUGGAGAUGAUGAAGAUGAUCGGGAAACACAAGAAUAUCAUCAACCUGCUAGGAGCCUGCACACAGGAUGGCCCUCUCCACGUGGUGGUAGAGUAUGCAUCUCAGGGCAACCUGAGAGAGUACCUGCGGUGUCGGAGGCCUGUGGGUCUGGAGUACUGGUCUGGGCCUACCCAGGCCCCCUUGGACACGCUGGAGGUCAGGGAGCUGGUGUCUGCUGCCUACCAGGUGGCCAGGGGCAUGGCUUACCUCGCCUCACAGAAGUGUAUCCACAGAGACUUGGCAGCCAGGAAUGUGUUGGUGACAGAGGACAAUGUGAUGAAAAUCGCAGACUUUGGGCUGGCCAGAGACAUCCACCACAUAGACUACUACAAGAAGACAACCAACGGUCGUCUGCCAGUGAAAUGGAUGGCACCGGAGGCUCUGUUCGACCGCAUCUACACACACCAGAGUGACGUGUGGUCGUUUGGUGUGUUGCUGUGGGAGAUCUUCACUCUAGGAGGCUCUCCCUACCCUGGUGUCCCCGUGGAGGAGCUGUUCAAACUGUUGAAGGAGGGACAUCGUAUGGACAGACCAGCCGCCUGCACAGAGGAGCUGUACAUGAUGAUGAGAGACUGCUGGCAUGCUGUUCAGUCUCACAGACCAACCUUCAAACAACUGGUAGAGGAUCUGGAUCGCAUGCUCUCACUCAUGGCCAACCAGGAGUAUUUGGAUCUAUCCAUCCCUGCGGUCCAGUAUUCUUCAGUGGGCCCAGACACCAGCAGCUCCUCUGACUCUGUCUUCUCCAGGGAGCCGACCCACAGAGCAGGGUACUCUUCCCGGAGCCCGUCUCGGACCUCCACCCUGCUCUACAACCAGCACACCCCCCCUAGGACCCCUUCUCGAACCUCUACCCUGGCCUACGACCACCAUAUUCCCUCCUGGACCCCCCCCCGGACAUCCACCCUGACCUACACCAUACCUACCCGGCACACCACCACCCGGGGACACAGCCAACGUUGAUCUACACCUCACUUUUAGUCAGUCUCUACCAUGUUCUCUGCCCCCCUCCUACCCCCAGCCCCUCCUUCCCCCAACCCCCUGGCUUCUACCCCCAG